UCUUGGUAAAGAUGAUGAUUCAAAUGAAGAAAAACAAUCUACAAAUGAAGAAAUACAAGAUAUGGUGUUUUCAGAAGAAGAAAUACUUAAAAUUGAGGAAUUCUUCGAACUUCCUGAAAUUAAUAAUGCUGAUAUUGAAAAUAGUAUUGAAAAUGAGGAUUAG